CACGACGAGCAGAAUGAUGAUGGUGCUGAAAAAUCGGAUAAUCAAGUUGUGGAUUCUCUUAAUGAACCCAACAGAAGUAAUACAGGGAAGAAGCGGGGAAGACCAAAGAAAGUGAAAGCAGAGCAGGAGGACAGUAACCAACUCUCCAACGGGAAACACCUUGGCGAAAACAAUGGGUUUUUGGCCACUAAAGGUACUCUUGGUGCUCAUGCUGCGGAACGCCAUCAUCGUCAUCUCAUGGAGAUUGCUCGAACACUUCGGAUUUCCUCUUUUGUUCCUUCUCAUUUCUAGGUGAAGUUGUUCCUAUUACAGUUUAUCUUAUUAGUAGACAAUCAUCCUCCAAAUUGUCUGUCCAAUUUUGGUGUAUCUUUGGGUUUUUGGAUGCACAUGUUUGUUCUCCUUGCACCAUAUGAGCGGACUAAGUUGGCCUUCCAAUUAGUUGAAUAUGUUUCCUUGGGUAUCGUCCUCUCGUUGCAUACUUGCUUAUUCAUCCAUUCUUUUAUAAUCCCUCCACUCAAACCUCAUAGACCCUAACAGAGUUUGUACCUUCCUCCUAUUUCAUCUAGUGAUGAUGUCUCUACAACCCUUAAUCCUGGUACUUCUAUUUCCAUCACACCCACUUCUUCUGAGCACCCUCUACCCACUUCCGCUCCACCACCACCAUCUCAUACACCUUUUAGUACAAUUAUACACUCAUUAUGCAACACCUCCCACAACACCUGCCUAGUCCUAAUGCUCCUAUUUUUGAUGAUUCCAACAAUAUUGAUGGGUCACAAGGUCACGUGCAAGAAUAUUUCGGGGCAAAAGGAGAUAGAUUAGAUUACAGGAGGAGGAAGUAACAGGAAUGGCUCUGGACCUCAACGAUGCGACGGAGCAAGAUCAUGUCAUGCUGAGAAGGCAGGUUGGUGGGGGCACUAAGAUAAAUCUUAAUAUAAUGUCUUUCUAACUCAGGUUAGUUUCUCUUCUAACUUGCUCUAUCUUAACAGACUUUAUCCAUUGACCUACGUAUGUCGUGCAGGGGUUUGGGCCCAAGACUCCCAUCCCAAUGUCCAUCACAUUGCUCCCUUCUUUUUUAGUAGCUCGUCCUCGAGCUGUAGCACACCCUUCUAGACUCAAACGACAGACUCUUUUUACAUCUCGACUUGUUAUAUAGAUUAUUUUUAAAGAAACCUAAGAUUAUUGCGGACAAUGUCACCACAUUAAGGCCAUGUUUGGUUUGGUGGGGAUUAAAGGGGAUUCGACGGAAUUGAGGAUGGAUAAUUCCACACCACAAUAGGUGUACAAUAAAUCCCCUCCAAUCCCCUUCCUUAGGCCUUGUUCGGUUAAUCCCCAUGAGGGAGGGAUUGGAGGGGAUUUAUUCCACACCUACUGUGGUGUGGAAUUAUUCCUUCUCAAUCCCCUCUAAUCCUCUUCAAUCCCCUCUAAUCCUCUUCAAUCCCCUCCAAACCGAAUAAGGCCCUAAUGGGAUUAAGCGAUUAUGAUCUAAUGGGGGUGGCGGUACCAGGGACGGGUGUUGGUGGACCCCAUCCUGAAGCCCUUAAAGAAAGGUAAGUUGUACCCAAUAUCCAGAGCUUUACAUGUUGUUGCUUGCUGUAGUAUGCCAAACCCACGGAAGUAGAUCCUGGUCUUGAAGCUUAUCGAAAACAAAUAUACCAAAUUGGCCCAUUUGGAUGACCUAGCUGAGGGAAAAGAGAUCUUAUCUCCUCGUGUAGAUGGCGCCACCCCAAACAACUUGCAUUGUCUGCGAGAAGCAUGGUAAAAGAAUAGGACUAGCCAUUGAACCGCUCGUGGUCCGGUUCAUCGGCUCACCGGUUGGAUAGACUGGGUUGAUUGCUGAACUGGCCAAAGCUAUUUAGCAUACAACAUGAUUUUAAACAAUGUGGCCACCCUACCAACCUAUGUUUGACUCCCUACCGCUCCAUCUUUUUUCCUCAUUUUCUUUAAUAAAUCAAAUUGGGCCUUAAGAUGCAGGGUGGUCCUUCCUAGGUGGGCCCAUCUGUUGGCUGAACCGCUGGUUCAUAAUACCCCAGUUCAGCCAUUUUCCUCAAAAUCUACCUAGUUCACCUGGAUCAUGCUAGUCAAAUUGCAUUGGUGGUCCUCGAAGCAAACUAACACGGUGAAUAGGGGUAGGCAGAAUAGGACCAAACCGAAAACACCGAUACCGAGAAAUUCUGUUAGUAGUUCGGUCUCAACUGUCGAAAGACCGAUUUUUUUUCAGGCAAUUCGGUCAUUGGCUUCAGUUAACCGAGAAAACCGAUUUGUGGCUCAAUAGGCCUAGGAGGCCCAAUAAGCCUAGUGAAACACAAAACCCUAGAGGGCAGCACCAGCAGGGAGUAAGUCAGCCACUCCCACUCAGCCUCACCAGCGCUGCCUCCAAUCCAUCUCUACCCUAUCCGUCGAGCGCCAUCGCGCGGUCACGCCUCCGCCUCCGCCUCCAUCGACCAUCCCGCCACCUCCGCCCUUCACCUCCAUCGCGCCGCGGGCAUCCAUCGCGCCGCCUCCUCGUCUCCACUCCACUCCACUCUCAAGCUACCCCGCCUCCAGCUCGGUGCCUCCAUCCUGCCGGCCGCAUCCGUCUGCAUCGGGGAGGCAGCAAGCCAACGGCUGUGAAUCCGUUACGAUGGCUACAUCUGUUGAUUCUUGCGAUGAUGCUUUGUAACCUCUGGGAGGUGUAUACUUUAGCUCAGAGAAAUCGAAAAUUUAAUGAACUUCUGAAUGAUGAAGCGAUAAUGAUGAAGCCUUCAAAAGAAUCGAAGAAAAGAGGUGCAGGAAAGAAACAAGAGGAAGAAGAGAAUAAUACCAUAUCCAUUGAGGAUGAAAUGUGUGAUGCGAACAAUAAGAAGGGGAAGAAGAUGCUCACUGGGGAAAAUGCUUUGAUGUGCCACCAGUGUCAAAGAAAUGACAAAGGGAGGGUGAUUUGGUGUAAAUCAUGCAACAAUAAGCGCUUCUGUGAGCCAUGCAUGAAACGAUGGUACCCAGGUUUGUCAGAAGUUGAUUUUGCUGCAAAAUGCCCAUAUUGUAGAAAGAACUGUAAUUGCAAGGCAUGCCUAAGAAUGAUAGGAGUUGAAAAGCCCCCUGAAAAGAAGAUUUCUGAGGAAAAUCAACGACGUUAUGCUUUUCGUAUUGUAGACUUGUUGCUUCCUUGGUUGAAAGAACUUCAACAGGAGCAGAUGAAGGAGAAGGAAUUAGAGGGUAGAUUACAAGGUGUUUCUAUGGAUGAAGUAAAGUUGGAACAAGCUGAUUGUGAUAUGGAUGAGCGUGUUUAUUGUGAUAGGUGCAAAACUUCGAUAGUUGAUUUUCAUAGAAGCUGCAAGGCUUGUUCGUAUGACUUGUGCCUUGCAUGCUGCUGGGAGCUUCGCAAAGGUGAGAUUCCAGGAGGAGAAGAGGCAAAGAGUGUGCAGUGGGAAGAGAGAGGUCAGAAGUAUGUUUUUGGUAAUAUUUCCAAGGAUGAGAAGAAAAGGGUAUCUUCGAAGAGGCACAUGGAGACCCCCAGUACUGAAACUUGCAAUGACAUGGCUGUUGCUGGGGACCCAAAUAACCCUUUGUUACUGUGGAAAGCUAAUAGUGAUGGCAGUAUACCUUGUCCACCAAAGGAAAUAGGGGGCUGCGGUGCUUCAUCUUUGGUACUCAGAUGCUUAUUACCAGAAAUUAUGCUUUCUGAGUUAGAACACAGGGCUAACAAAGUUAUUAAGAGAGAAGCAUUUGAUAAAGCAAUAAACGAAACAAGUGAUCAGUGCCCUUGCUUUUAUCACACAAGCAAGAUAAGAACAAAUGCUACUCGAGAGGCAGCAAACAGAAAGGGCUCAAGUGAUAACUACUUGUACUGUCCAGAUGCCAAUAAUAUCCAGGAGGAUGACCUGUCGCACUUUCAGAUGCAUUGGUCAAAAGGUGAACCGGUUAUUGUUUCUGAUGCUCUUCGGUUAACAUCUGGUCUGAGCUGGGAGCCAUUGGUUAUGUGGCGGGCAUUGCGAGAGAAGAAAACCAAUGGUGAUGUUGAAGAUGAGCACUUUGCUGUUAAGGCAGUGGAUUGCCUUGAUUGGAAUGAGGUGGAAAUUAACAUACACAUGUUCUUUAUGGGGUAUAUGAGAGGUAGAAGACAUCCGAUGACCUUUUGGCCUGAGAUGCUUAAGCUAAAAGAUUGGCCACCAUCUAGUAUGUUUGACCAGAGGUUACCUCGCCAUGGUGCUGAGUUUAUAACUGCAUUGCCAUUUCCCGAGUAUACUGAUCCACGAUAUGGCCCGCUAAAUCUUGCUGUCAGGCUUCCUGCUGGUGUACUGAAGCCUGAUCUUGGGCCAAAAACUUAUAUUGCUUAUGGAUGUUAUGAAGAGUUAGGCAGGGGUGACUCUGUGACCAAGCUUCAUUGCGACAUGUCUGAUGCGGUAAAUAUCUUGAUGCACACAGCUGAAGUGUCCUAUGACACUGAACAGCUUGACAAGAUAGCAAAAAUUAAAAUGAAAAUGAGAGAACAAGAUCUUCAUGAACUGUUUGGGGUUUCAGAAUCAGGCGCCAAGGGUAAAGCUGAUGAUGAAGCAUCGAAAAUCUCAUGUAACAUGGAAAACAAACACACCUCUAACCAAAGUACUAAGGGUUUGGACAUUAAUGCUUUACCACCUGAUGAUUCUGGAAGUGAUAUUGGGGAUAAACCAUCAUUUUGUCAAUCUGAGGUAGAAAGUGAAUUAACACAAUGUUCAAAACACAAUCACGAGGUUAAUAGUUCUGUCAAGAUGCAUGCUGGAGCUCAUUGUACUUCAGACAACCAAGGAUACAUUGACAGGAGUGGAUUCAAACGCAAAGAUUCAGACUGUUCAGACCAACAGAAAACUGGUGGCGCUUUGUGGGAUAUUUUCCGAAGAGAAGAUUCUGAGAAGUUACAAGAUUAUCUUCGGAAGCAUGCCUCAGAAUUUCGGCACAUACACUGCAAUCCAGUGAAAAAUGUUUCUCACCCAAUUCAUGACCAGACUUUCUAUUUAACUGUGGAGCAUAAGAGAAAGCUCAAGGAAGAACACGGUGUUGAACCAUGGACAUUCGAGCAGAAGCUAGGCGAUGCAGUUUUCAUUCCUGCUGGAUGUCCACACCAAGUGAGAAAUUUAAAGUCUUGCAUCAAGGUUGCUCUAGACUUUGUUUCCCCUGAAAAUGUUGGUGAGUGUGUUAAGCUGACCGGAGAGUUUAGACGUCUUCCAUCUGAUCACAGGGCUAAAGAAGAUAAACUAGAGAUUAAGAAGAUUGCUCUCAAUGCUCUUAAAGAAGUCGUAAAUUUCUUAGAUCCUUUACCAAAAGGGUCAAAGAACAGGGAUGAAGUGGUAGAAGUGACCAAACCAAAAAGGAAAUACGGUAACCGAAGAGGUGACCUGAAGAGUGGGGAAGACCAACCCAUUGAUGAAUCCAUAGAAGAAAGGAAGCCUAAAAAGCGAGGGAGAUCUAAACGGUGAUCUGAAGAUUGAAGAUCCUGUCCAACAAUGAACCAGUAGAUGACUAGAUGAGAAGCCUAAAAAACAAUUAAUGCUCUUUUGAUUAUUCAGAGGCCCAAAUGAUUGGGCUGAUAUCGCUCUGGGAUAGACUUAAGUUUCGACAGUUCAAGAAUCACCUCAGACAUCACCAUGGUGUCGAUUUUGUUCAUAUGUGGGGUGAUUGCCUUCACUAAAAUGAUGUGAUUGUUUGUUGCUGAUAGUGGCAAUUGACUUGGAAUA